UAAAUUAACACAAUGUCUUCCAUUGUCUGGUCUCGCCAUCAGAUAUCAUGAGAGAGUGCAUAUCCAUACAUGUGGGUCAGGCGGGCGUACAGAUAGGAAACGCGUGUUGGGAACUGUAUUGUCUCGAACACGGCAUUCAACCCGACGGACAAAUGCCCAGCGAUAAGAAUAUCGGCGGCGGAGACGACUCGUUCAACACGUUCUUCUCGGAGACGGGCGCCGGUAAACACGUGCCCCGCGCUGUCUAUGUAGACCUCGAGCCCACUGUCGUGGAUGAGGUGCGCACCGGAACCUAUCGGCAACUCUUCCAUCCGGAACAGCUCAUCACCGGCAAAGAGGACGCGGCCAACAACUACGCUCGCGGUCACUAUACUAUCGGCAAAGAGAUUGUGGAUCUGGUGUUGGAUCGCGUGCGCAAACUGGCCGACAACUGUACCGGACUCCAGGGUUUCCUAAUCUUUCACUCGUUUGGCGGCGGAACCGGUUCUGGAUUUACAUCACUACUGAUGGAGCGCUUGUCUGUCGAUUACGGCAAGAAGUCUAAGUUGGAGUUCGCUAUCUAUCCGGCGCCUCAGGUGUCGACAGCUGUGGUCGAGCCCUAUAACAGUAUUCUCACCACUCAUACCACUCUCGAGCACUCGGACUGCGCUUUUAUGGUCGACAACGAAGCCAUUUAUGAUAUCUGUCGCCGCAAUCUAGACAUUGAACGCCCGACUUAUACCAAUUUGAAUCGACUGAUCGGUCAGAUUGUGUCCUCAAUCACGGCUUCCCUUCGCUUCGACGGCGCCCUAAACGUGGAUUUGACUGAAUUCCAGACCAAUUUGGUUCCCUAUCCGCGCAUCCAUUUCCCGCUCGUGACAUACGCUCCGGUCAUCUCAUCGGAGAAGGCAUAUCACGAACAGUUGACUGUAUCGGAGAUCACCAACUCUUGCUUUGAGCCCUCAAACCAGAUGGUGAAAUGCGACCCAAGACAUGGCAAGUAUAUGGCCUGUUGUCUGCUAUACAGAGGCGAUGUCGUGCCCAAAGAUGUGAAUGCAGCCAUCGCUGCCAUUAAGACUAAACGCAGCAUUCAGUUCGUCGACUGGUGUCCCACCGGUUUCAAGGUUGGCAUCAAUUAUCAGCCGCCGACAGUGGUUCCGGGCGGUGAUCUGGCGAAAGUGCAGCGCGCGGUCAGUGAACCCAAUAUCCCGGGCACUCCCUCUUUGACUCAUUCACUGCAUGACAUCAUUUAUGUCAAGACCACAGCUUUUGGGUGUUAUUCUGGUUUAGAGAUAACACUUUACGGGAUUUUGAUGAUGAAACAAUCGUUGAAUCGGACGAAGAGUUUUUCAUCCGGAGAUCCAAAUGGCAGUCAAUGGCCGAGAGUUAGGCGAAAACAGUGUCGCGUAUCGUCUGUACCCGUCAUCGGCGGUGCCGUUGGAUUCGCUCAACGAUUACAUCCAAAAUCCUUCCACUUAUCCGUUGCCACCGAUUCUUCCGGCGUCCAUCACUUGUCUGGUGUCACUGACUUUGGCGAGAAUAUCGAAGACGAAUGGCUUGUCGUAUAUCUUCUCUACCGGUUGUCGCGAUUGGAUCCGCUGGCGGUGAUCCACAUUGAGGACACCGACGGUCAGUUUCUGUUGAUAGAAGCGGCCGAUUAUCUGCCGAAAUGGUGCGAACCGUCCAAUUGUCAGAACCGUGUCUUCAUCUAUAAAGAAGCCGUUCAUAUAAUUCCCAUAAAAUGCAAAGAAUUCGCCGGAAGAGAGCCAACGAUCGCCGAAGCCGUGGCUUAUGUUCGCCAAUACCCGGACGUGAGUCGCGCUCAAGAAUUGAUCCAAAAGGCGAUUCGUAAGCGAAUCGAUUGCUUUCCCAAACGGAUCACCGAAUGGCAACACCGGACCCACUGUUACGUUCCGGUGGGUGUGGCGGCACUCCUGCGGCACAGGCCUGCGCUCAUCUCGUGGGCCGUUCAGGCCUUUUACAACCGGACGCCCGACGACCUGAAGGCCUGUCAGGCGAUGAAGUAUUUUCCGCCCGAAUCGCGAGUAAUGCGCUGCCUAUCGAUCACACGUUGUCUUUACGCACAAUUAAUGUCACAAAAGUAUUCGCCGGACGUAAGGGUUGGCUGGGAUUUACCGCCUAAUAAUUCGCGACACUUUCGGUGCCACGACUUGGGAAUGAAGAUCGCGUCCGGCUUUGAAAUAUUGAUCUCUAACUCGCGGUCACUGUUGACCGCCAACGGAGCCACUAAUCCGAGCAAAGAGUUGGCUUCGGAUCGCCGAUGGAUAGCAUUUCUGGAGAGUUUGGCCAAAAAUGGAUACUUCGGUAACGAGAGGAACGGUUCCCGUAAAUACAAUGACCUCUUGAAAUGCGCUCAAAAUUAUUUUACGGAUUUAUUAUACAAUAACGAGAAUUCGCAUGAAUUGACCGAAAGCUAUGAAUCGAGAGGUGAGAAAAUACACCAAAUCUUGCGAUCGCUUGACAUUGAUGUCGAAGAGUUUGAGUCGGAGGCCAAGCGUUUGCCCGCCGAAGACUCGGACGACUGGAUGACAGUAAACGCCGACGAAUUGGACGCAAUGUUGACCGAAAAGUUUUGCUCAAAGCCUACUAAUCAGACGACCGAUUGCUCAGACAUUUCCACUCAAAUUCCCUCAACUCUUGAGGCGUUUGUCUCGAACUCGAGAUCUGGUUUGAGAGGAGCGGAAGCGCCUAAACCUCCGCCCCGUAAGCGUCGGACACAAACCCAAACGGCGUCCAAAAUCCAGUUCAACGAAGACUCGUUCACUGACGCCCUGAGCACUGUCUUGUCGCUGAAGAUUCCCCACUCAGAGACCGACUCUUCCUCUUCGGGAAUGAGUGAUUACAGCGACGACGAGGACUCCAUUGACAGCGACGACGAUUGCUAUCAAAAGGAAUUGUUUAAAUCCGUGCCGAAGACUAAUGGAACCACUAAUGGAUUGAUGGAUGAUAUGAAGGAGUAUAUGAAGGCUAUGGACCAACAGUUGGCCCAAACAUCUGUUGGUCAGAGUUUUGAACGCAGAGGAGAAGGCGAUGGAGAGUCGGCUCUCGACGGCGAUUACAAAGCGGUUGACAUAGACUUGAAUGCGUUGACCAAUAUCUUGGAGUCAUACGGCGCCGAGUGUGGAGUUCCCGGACCCGCAACCGCUCUCUUCUCCACAAUGGGAGUCAAAUUACCCGAUAAUGCGGACACAGAUUCAGACGACGAUUGAAACUACAGUUAUUUCACAAUGAAUUAUGUUUUUUUUAAUUAUUUGCUAAACAAUUGCCUUAUAGUCUAUGAAAUUUAUAUAUAACUCUAUAUACUAUUAAUGAAUUGUUUUAAUUAUUAUUAUUAUUAUUACCGAAACUAUUGCCAUAUUUUUAAAGACAUUUUAUAC